CAUCUCAAAAGCGACAAAAUACUACAUGUACAACCAUUGCUUAACGGAGCAUAGUUUAUUUUAGUUUUUGUUUUCCCUUAGUAGUUAUGCAUAGAUCUACAAACUGCGUUUUAGGGCGUGUUUUUAAUCCGUUAAAUGUAGGAAAUAUUCCUGCUGUCAUUAACCGAGUGAAUAGCUCCCUAUUGUGCAGAAAGUACAGUACUCUUCCUCCUCCUCGGGACAAGGAGGAGAAAGCCCUGCUGGACAGCAUGCUCCGGGUGGACCAUGCUGGAGAAUACGGGGCCAAUCGUAUCUACGCUGGACAGAUGGCUGUUUUGGGAAGAACUCAGACAGGCCCACUUAUCCAGCACAUGUGGGACCAAGAAAAGACGCAUUUGCAGAAGCUUAAUGAGAUCUUGGGGGAGAACCGGGUGCGUCCGACGCUCAUGCUGCCUUUAUGGAACGUUGCAGGAUUUUUACUCGGAGCCUCGACAGCACUUCUGGGAAAAGAGGGUGCGAUGGCCUGCACCGUCGCAGUGGAAGAGAGCAUCUCUGAACACUACAACAACCAAAUCCGAACACUAAUGGAGGUAGAUCCUGAGCGAUAUGAGGAGUUAUUACAGCUUAUUAAAGAGUUUCGUGACGAUGAGCUGGAGCACCACGACACCGGGCUGGAACACGACGCCGAAUUGGUACCUGGAUAUUUGGUUUUGAAGACUCUAAUCCAGGCCGGCUGUAAAGCUGCAAUUUACAUCUCACAGCGGAUUUAAAAAGAAAUCCUUUGUUGUACUGUGUGUCGUUGUGUUUUCUUUCUUUCUCUCUUUUUAAACCAGUCCAAUGUUGAGUAUGACAUGAACGAGUGCAACGCUAAGUGACGGGACUCAGAUCCUGCACAGGAACGUAAAGGACGCCUCUGAUAUUUGGGAUAACUCAGGCAAUCAGCUGAUACUCAGAGCUUUGUUAUGGGUAUGGGGUACAGGACUGGUUCUAUUUAAAAUGAAGUUGCAUUUAUUUGCCCAGUGAUGAGUCAUUUUCAUCUGCACAGGAAGAAUAGAUUUUUUUUUCUAAGGAUGUUUCAUUACCCUUCUAAUAAAAUAUUAUCGUAUA